AUGAAUGUUCACGGAGAGGAAGAAGAGCAAACUGCAUUUGAGAUAUGUGUGGUGGUUCCUAGGAGGAAUGUCAAGGAGGAGGAGGAUGAAACUUGUGAUUGUGUUGAGUUUCUUGUGGAAGAGUUGAGGAAUGUGGGGUUUAUAGUUGAGGAAGUUCUUGGCUUAACAGAUGAGUUUAUCAAGGUUAGCUUUAUCAGCUUAACUGGUGUGCGAUAUGAUGGAAAAUUUGAGCACGGGGACUCAUUGAGAACUGCUAAUGAGUUCCCCAUGCCCUUCAUGAACUUGGCAAUUGCAUGUAGUUCAAAUGUUCCAUAUUUAUGUUGUCUUUUGAAUGAAGAGCUGGCAGCACCUCUGGAGACACUGGGGAGAGCAGCAGCACAGCUGCAAAUGAAGAAGCCUACUUAUAUUGGAAUGGAUCUACAAUUUGAAUGGGAGGAGGUUGAAGCAUUUGUGAGACAGCCAGAUGGCUCAUUGUUCAGUUGGUUUGAGCGUUUUCAGUGCUACCAGCAUCUAUUACAUGGGAUUGUAAACAAGAGCAAGGUAGAUUUGAUUCUAACAUUGGAUGGCAAAGGGUUACUAUGGCAAGUCGGGGAAUCUUUAAUGAAGAUGUUAGAAUCUGAGGGCAUUGUUAAACAAGUUUUUCUUCUACACGAUGAAAUUAAGAGGAAGAAACUCCUGAAAAGUUGGGUGCUGAACUGGCGCAACUUCACAAACCAGCCUAUUGAUGAUAUGUAUUCAUAUUUUGGAUUGAAGAUUGCCAUCUAUUUUGCUUUCCUUCGGAUGUAUACACGAUGGACGAUCUUUCCAGCUGCAUUCGGACUUGUUGUUCACUUGGUUGAUUUUGGGUAA